AUGUCUACCCACGACAAUACCUCCUCUUUCAAGUCAGCUGUUGACACAGCUACUAGCUACGUCCAAUCUGGCAUUGCCUCAUUGACAGGAAGCGCCGGUGACCAGGCUACAGCAGAAGAACACAAGGGUAAGGGUGCCGCAGAGUCUGACUUCUCCCACAGCGCCGCCAAAGCCGGCCCCUUCACCACCUCUACCUCUGGCGUGCCCACAAAAUAUAGCAGUGACCGUACCCAAGGCCAGUGGGAUCAGACCAUCGGAAGUACCAAAGAGACCGUCGGCAACCUCGUUGGAAACGAGAACCUCAAGCAACAAGGUCGGGAACGGAACCUCCAAGGUCAAGAAACGGAAGCCAAGGGCCAAUUGAGCGAUCUUGGAAAGGGUAUCAGUGAUCGUGUUCAGGGCUCGCUCGGUGGUGCGGUUGCUGGGUUGACUGGUGAUCGUGCCGAACAAGCCAGAUAUGCUGAUAUGUACGAUGAGGGAAAGAUCAGACAACGUGGUGUCGAGAUGGACUUAGACAAGCAGGCUACUGCUCAACAGAAGUAA